UUUAAAGACCAUCUAGUUCCAAUGCUCUGCCAGAGUCAGGGACAUUUUCCACUAGACCAGAUUGCCCAAAGCCAUGUCCAGCCUGGCCUUGAACACUUCCAGGGAUGGGGCAGCCACAGCUUGUCUGGGUAACCUGUGCCAGGCCCUCACCACCCACACAGGCAGAAUUUCUUCCAUAUAUCCAAUCUAAACCUUCCCUCUUUCAUUUAAAGCCAUUCCCCGUUGUCCUGUCACCACAUGCCCUUGUUCAAAUGCCCUCUCCAGCUCUCUUGGAGCUCUCACAGGCACUGGGAGGUGUUUUAACUCUUGUCCAGGCUGAACAGACCAAGCUUCCUGGGCCUUGAAUGAGUACAGGAAUUAAGUGGUCAUGGAUGUUUUGGAGAGUACAGUCUGCUUGCAUUCAGGUCAAGCUGGUACAUCUGUGUUCUCAGAGAAUCCCUUUUCAGAGCAUGUGAUGUGGGUACAUCACUGUUAAAUGCAAUUUCCCAUUUGGUUCAAGUUGCAUUUGCAGGUAGUUGCUUUUCAGUCUGCAGAAUGUCGUGGAGCUUAAGUCAUUUAAAUUCUAAGGGAGUGUUAGAAUUCCUGGAGAAACUGCUCCAGCAGUUGAUAGAAUUUAAUAGAAACAAUCACCUAUUUGGGCUUUUUGAACUGCUUCAUGGAAUUUAUAAUAAGAUUAGUUUUUUUGGUGGGAUUUUUUGUUUCCUUUCCAUUGGAAAAUUGCGCUCUCAAGUUUUAUAGUGCAUUUUAUUAAAGGAACAAAUUAGGGCUCUGCAAAAUGUGAGAAAAGGAGAGUUUACAUUAGAGAAGCAGCCAAUAUAGAAAUUAUCAUGCAAUAGGUUUUUGGAUCUAUCAUUUACUUUACAUAAUUUCUGUGCCAAGGGGGUGCAUGAAGCAAUUCCAGCUUCUGCAUGGGGACAGAAAGCUCAGCAGCUGUGUGGAAGUGCAGAGCUCUCCUGAUGAUGUAGCUGGAACAGAUGGGCCCCUUUUGAAUCAGAUUCAGCAGCAGUAAAAGAGUGGAAAAAAAUGUUUUAAGAAGGUUGUAUUGGUCUAGAGGAACAGGAAGUCCUCCAUGGGAAAAUCAAGAGAAAAGCCAGACUUUCUGAUAUUGAGUCUUUAGAAGCAUAAUCCUGGUUUGAGGCUUUAAGGUAGGGUCUUGAAAAAAUGCAUCAGAGGGUAUUGAUGGGGAGUUGUAGAAACAUCUUAAAAUGCUCUGUAUUCCCUGUGGUCUGUGAAUGCUGCCAGUUUGGACUUUUUUCACUAAUAGCAGCUGUUUCAUAACAGGAUUGCUAAAUGGCUGAAGUGAGGGUAGGUAGGCAGCUAUUAUAAAUGAAGAAAAGAUGAAUGUUGGGCUCAUAUGUUCUUUUCACAUAAAACCAGUAGGAAAAAAUAGGAACUUAUAUUUUCAUUAAUUCUUUUUAGGAAACAAGUGAUAGAUUACAGUGAUGUUAGGCCUAAGAAUACAUAGAAUUUUCAGCAGAUGGAGGAUCUUAAAAUUGUUAGCAUGCUAUAUGUUGGUUUUGUGUUUACCCAAAUAAUUUCUUAAUUCAUACAGACUCAUGAGAUACAUUCCUGUAGUUGCUUAUUAAGGAGUUCCCAAGUACCUAAAAAUUUGAAGGUGAUAUUAGCAGCAAGUUCUUAGAUGUUCUGAAACUUAAGUGCCACAUGUAGGAACUUUCUAUGGCUACAGAUGUAAAUUGAUGAGUUAAAAUAACAAUUGAUGUUGAAGCUAGGGAACCUUUUAAUAAAACCUUCCAGUCUGAAAACAGUUAUUUCUUUCUUCUUCAAAAGCCUUUAAAUGCUGCAUAAAACCAAAUUUUGAUGUUGUUAAUAUUUCACUGAUAUCCCAUCCAAAGUAAACUGUGAUCCUCUCCCAUAGCCUGACUUCUGCACAAGACAGGAACUAUUACUGUAAGUAAAAUAUCUGUGUGUUAACUAGAAAUCACCUUGAGGGUUAAAAAGAUACUGUUUAAAGUCCUUUGGAAACUUUUUUGGUUGAUUUUAGGAUUAUUUAUGCAUUUUACUUCUUUUCUAAGACAAAUUUCUUCUAUGUCCAGCCAAAAGCAGAUAAUGAUGUAGGAUAUUUUGUUCAGUUUCAGUUUAGCUGUUUCACACACGAAGGCCCCAUUAUGUCAUGCAGAGUCACUGUUUGUUACACAACUGAAAUCUGAUCUUCAGUAAGGAGACUGAUGAGGAGCUGUAUUUCAUACAUUCCUUUUGAAACACAAUCUGAAAAAGAAAUAGAAUUGCAUAUUUGCUGCCACAAUAGAGCAGGGAGAACAAAUUCACUUGAUGCAAACCAAAAGCUGAUGCUGUCAGUUAUGAGGAAGAAAAAGGUACUGGGAAAAGGUUUUAACUGAGCAUAGAAGUAACACUGCCACACUGCCUGGGAUCAAGGGGCACAUCUGAAUCCAGAAACAGCUGAAAAGUGUUUUCCAUUAUAGAAAAGUGAAUUACCUUCUUCCAAACUGUAUAAAAUGUAUUUUUAUGUAAACUACAUAAAAUAAUGACAGUAGCAAAAAGGCUGGCCUAUUAAAGCAGAUCUGCAUAUGAAGUUAGGCUACUGUGGAGACGGUAGUGACUUCACAAUCUAUGUAUACAUUCCAUAAUUUUAGAACAAGUGGAUGCUUUUUUAACCAGAACUAUGGGCUAAAAGGGGCAAUGGUGCUUCUAGUUUCUGCUUUUUAUCACAGUGACACAUCAGGAUGAAUUUGGUUUUGUUAGCUGCUUUAUUUAAAGAAGCUAAGGCAAAUAUUUGCUAUAUCUUCUUAUUAUGUAAUAGUCAUAAAUAUGUGAUUUAGAUUGGGAGGUCAAAAUCAGAAUAGCAGCUAUUUGGUUUGAUUGAGAAAACAGACUGCUUGGAUGUUUUUCUGUUUCCAUAUCACACAAACUCUGCUACAUCUUGAAGGUCAGUUCCAUUGAAAUUAUUUUUCUUUUUAAGUUGGAGGCAUCAGAUUUUGGAGAUUUGUUAAGUCUUGGUGUUUUGCUACAUAUAUAGAGAACAAGGAGUGGGAAGGAGGAGACUGGCCAUCACUUCUUUCUACUGUCUGAUAAGGUGGCUUUUACUCCAAAGUGAAUAUAAAUUGAUUUACUUUUUGCAUAUAAAAAAGCAGUUAGUGUGGGCUAUGCUUGAGACUUGAGACAAUCUUACAGAAAGCUGAGAGGUAUCUGCUUACACACACCACCUCAGAGCUGGAUUUUCUUGAGCAUGAGCUAAAAAAUUGAAUCUAAGGGACUGUUUAUUCAACCAAAGUAUUAACUUUGUUGGCAAGCUUUGCUAGGUUUCUGCUCUCAGGGGAAGAAGGAAAAGCUCAUCUGGAGAAAUUCUUGUCUCUGUUUGCUGUGGUGAAAACAGCAUUUCUUUACAGGAUGUGUGUUGAGCCUUAUAUGCCAUACUUCUGUACAGAUGGAGUGGACAGACAUUUCUGCUUAAUGUAUCAAACAUUAGGAAACACUGGUGAAGAGCUGAGAAGUCUUAAUGGGGAAAAAGUGAGUCUUCUCAAAUUUAAGCUGUGUAGUUUUGGUGGGGGUUUUUUUUCAGUUAUGGAUAGAUGUGUUACAAGCAGAAACAAAUUUGACUGACGUAAGUACACUGACUGUAUGAAAAAGUAGAAAACUGAAAGAAUAUUUAAUACCAAAUCCAGGGUUAGAAGCAUCCAGCAUGCUUAGGAAAUGGGUUUAUACAAGGUAACACCAUUGUCCUUAUUACUGAUACACUGGCUUGGGGAGGCCCUUAUGGGUAGUAGUUCCAGCUUUUUGGAAAAUCCAGACUGAGGGCUUCCUGAUUGCUGUGGACUUUGGUUGACUGGUGCACUAUAAAAUAAUGUGAUCAAGACAGCAGAAUCCUAUUUCUUGGUGAUGAAUUGUGUUGGUUAAUGGCAUGACAGUGCUUAAUCCCAUCUUGUGUUGCAAUCUUCCUGUGGAUAGAUAGAAGGUAGGAGAAUAGAGAUAGUGGUGAAGGUAAUCUCACCCCUAAGGAGUUACAGCUGUGCUAAUUAUCAAGCAUUAAGAACAAGCCUGCCCUUAAUAGGCCACAGCUGGAUCCAAUUAAGAGGGUAUUAUAAAAGAGCAGGUUGGCUGGCCGAGAGGUGCGAUGGAGUUUGUUGGCUGUGCUGAGGAGAAGAAAGAGUCAGUGCUGUGAGGAGCUGCCCCUGAGCUGUGUCCAAGAAGGUAUGAAACCUUUGUAACAAGAUUGCAGCAUCUUCCCAGUUAGGAUUUGUGUGUGAUUGUCAUUGUGCUGUACCACAGUGAAGAGGUAUUUUUCACUUCAAGAUACCUUGCAUUAAAAGAUCAUGGUAGACAGUUUAAUAGUUUCUUUGAGACUUCUCAGUUCCCUAGCAGUGCUGGGAUUUCAGCUUGUCAUCCCACAGCCUUCAAUUGAACACAGAAAGGUGCCGCAGAGGAUAGAGGAGCACGGCGAUGGCCCCGAGGACAGCGGCGGCGUGCCGGGCCUGUGGGGCAGCUGGGGGCCCUGGUCCGCCUGCUCGCGGAGCUGCAGCGGCGGCGUCAUGGAGCAGACGCGGCCCUGCCUGCCCGCCUAUUACCGGGAGCGCGGCUACCGCCGGCCCGGCCGCCACUUCCCGGCCUCGGAGCGCGCCCUGCCCCACGCCAGCGCCCACCACGAGGACUCGCUGUCCGCCUACCCCGGGCACGUCAUCUCGGCCAUCCGCACCUCGGUGCCGCUGCACAGGAGCGAGGAGCAGCCGUGGCGGAACAGCAGCCAGGGCGGGCGGGCGGCGCUGAGGGGCAGCCGGCACUCGCAGGGCCCGCGGCACAGCGCCCGGCCGGAGCGGAGAAGCAGAAACAAAAAUCCUAUUGGUCCGGGAAAGUAUGGCUAUGGCAAAGUGCCAUACAUUUUACCUUUACAGACUGACACUGGCCAGCAGCCUCAGAAGCUGCGGAGGCAGCGGCAGUCGUCGAGGAGCCUGUUCCACCAGAGCCCCGGCCUCGUGAGCUCCUACAGCCAGGCAGCUGCUCCUGCCCUGCAGCAUGGCAGCCUCUACCAAGAACCAGCUGGGCCUCAGGCAGGACACCAAGUGCUGGGGCCCUCUGUUUAUCAGUCCCCUUCGUUCCCCGUGUCCCAGAGCCUGUUCCACGGCGCCGACUCCAACCCUCAGGCCCUGCAGGGCCAGCCCCAGCCCCAGCGGGCUGCAGCCAUCGUGUGCAUUGGUGCCUACAAGCAAUACAAACUCUGCAACACAAAUAUGUGUCCUGAAAGCAGCAGGAAUAUUAGAGAGGUACAGUGUGCAUCAUACAAUAACAAGCCAUUUAUGGGUCGAUUUUAUGAAUGGGAACCUUUUGCAGAAGUGAAGGGGAGUCAGAAGUGCGAGCUGAACUGCCGGGCCAUCGGCUACCGCUUCUACGUGCGCCAGGCGGAGACGGUGAUCGACGGCACGCCGUGCGAGCCCAACGGCACGGCCAUCUGCGUGGCAGGGCAGUGCAAGAGCAUUGGCUGUGACGACUAUCUGGGUUCUGACAAGGUGAUUGACAAGUGUGGAAUAUGUGGAGGGGACAACACUGCUUGCAAAGUUGUGUCUGGAGUUUUCAAACACACGCUAACAAAUCUUGGCUACCACAAGAUAGUGGAAAUUCCUGAAGGAGCUACUAAAAUCAACAUUACUGAGAUGUCAAAGAGCAACAACUAUUUGGCCCUGCGGAGCCGCUCGGGACGCUCCAUCAUCAACGGCAACUGGGCCAUCGAUCGCCCGGGCAGGUACGAAGGUGGGGGCACAAUGUUCACCUACAGACGCCCCAACGAGAUCUCCAGCACGGCAGGGGAGUCCUUCCUGGCUGAUGGGCCAACAAACGAAGUCCUUGAUGUCUAUAUGAUUCAUCAGCAGCCUAACCCUGGUAUACAUUAUGAAUAUAUCAUUCCAGGAGACAAUGUCAUUAGUCCUCAGUUGCUUGCUCACAGGAGGCCAGGGGAGCCAUUGAAUGGUCAGUUAGGAAUGCCUGAAAGUACAAGUCAUGAGGAUGAGGAUUUGCAUAGAGAGACAGACAUUCUCACUGGACAGUCAGCUGGAACUUUUCCAGUGAUUCAGCCAGGAAGAUUUCCUUCUCAUCAGCCAGAAAACCAGGUGCCUGCUAUGCAACCACCAAGACAAAACCGGGAACACAACUGGAAACAGGUUGGAAAAACUGAGUGCACUACUACGUGUGGGAAAGGAUCACAGUACCCAAUUUUCCACUGCGUCAACAGAAUCACUCACGAGGAGGUACCCGAGGGUUACUGUGACAGCAGCACCAAACCCAUUCCAGAAGAGGAGGCCUGCAACCUCUUCCCAUGCCCUGCUUUCUGGGAUAUAGGAGAGUGGUCUGAGUGCAGCAAAACCUGCGGGCUGGGAAUGCAGCACCGGCAGAUCCUGUGCCGGCAGAUCUACGCCAACCGCACGCUGACAGUGCAGCAGUACCGCUGCCAGCACCUGGAGAAGCCCGACACCACCAGCACCUGCCAGCUCAAGAUCUGCAGCGAGUGGCAGAUCAGGACAGAGUGGACCUCAUGUUCAGUGCCUUGUGGAGUGGGGCAGAGGACUCGAGAUGUGAAGUGUGUCAGCAACCUUGGGGACGUUGUUGAUGAUGAGGAAUGUAACAUGAAGCUGCGGCCAAAUGACAUCGAGAACUGUGACAUGGGCCCCUGUGCCAAGAGCUGGUUCCUUACAGAAUGGAGUGACAGGUGCUCCGCGGAGUGCGGGGACGGGAUCCGCACGCGCGCCGUGGUCUGCAUGACCAACCACGUCAGCAGCUUGCCUCUGGAGGGCUGUGGCAACAACAGACCCUCGGAGACAACGCCCUGCAACAACGGGCCCUGCGCUGGCAAGGUGGAGUGGUUUGCUGGGGGCUGGACACAGUGCUCUACUGAAUGUGGUAGUGGAACUCAGCAGAGAGAAGUCAUUUGUGUUAGGAAAACUGAAGGUAAUUUUGAUGUUUUGAACCCCUAUGAAUGUUCAUAUUUGGAAAAACCUCCCAGCCAGCAAUCCUGCUACCUCAAACCAUGUGGAUCUAAGUGGUUUCAUACAGAAUGGAGCACAUGUUCCAAGUCCUGUGAAGGAGGAUUUCGGGUUCGGGAGGUGCGGUGUCUGUCGGAUGACAUGGCAGCCAGUUCUCAGUGUGAUCCACAGCUCAAACCUGAAGAGAAGGAGCCAUGUAAUACACAGGAUUGCGUCCCUGAAAUAGAUGAGAACUGCAAGGACAAAUACUACAACUGCAACGUGGUGGUCCAGGCGCGGCUCUGUGUGUACACCUACUACAAGACAGCGUGCUGUGCCUCGUGCAGCCGCGUGGCCAGCAGGCAGGCCGGCUUCCUGGGCCGCAGAUAACACACCCUGCUGCUCACAGCGCCAGCGGCGCGCCGCGCGCGGAGCUUGGGCAGCGCUGCUUUCCCCGCAGCACUCGUAGCUUCCUAGAGAUGGGGUUUAUAUUGCAUCGAGACUUUGGUUAAAUCUCACAGCCUUUCAGUUACAGUUAUUGUGAAGUUAUCUCUUUUAGGAUGUUUGUUGUAAAAUCAUGAUUUUUUUUUUUUUUUCAAAGCGUUCAUUUUUAAUGAUACUAUUAUUUGCACCUGCUCAUCAGAUACUUAUUUAAGGAACAUACUGGCCUUAAGAUUGUGAAAUUAAUGAAAACUAAAAUCAAUUGCAGGCAAUUACUGGAGAGAAUUGACCAGUAUGGAUGCAGCUGCUCCAUUAUUUUGUGAGUGCUUACUUGGUGUUUUGAACUUUGCCUUAAGUUAGAGGAGUAAAUCAAUGAAACAUGUAUGAGAAAAAUGACUUCCCAAAAAACCAGACCCUUGAAAAGCAUUUAUCAUCAGUUUUCUAGCACUCUAACAUAUAUUUUUAGCUACUUCAGUCCAUUCAUAAUAAAUCAGAGUCACUGUUAAGGUCUUGCAAUUGUCCUUUCAAGUGAUGUCCUGUCCUUAGGCAGCAAAUAUAUACACACUUGACUGCCAGAAGGUGCCUUUAUAUUUAAUUCAUAAACUCGUGAAGAUACACUUUUAUAAUUUCGUAUGGAUUUUAAAACAUGUUCCCUACCAGAGUGACACUAGUGUCUAGCUCUUUAAGUCUUUAACAGCUGCAGCUGUCAGUGAGACAGGUUAACCAGAAAUGGAAGAGCCUUUGUUGGUAUGAAAAGUGAUUGUUUUCAUUGGUGAGGUCUCUUUUCUGUAGGGGACUUAUUUCAGAACUGGGAUCUUGCCUAAUUCUUCUCUCUGCACUAUUGUUUAACAACUGCCAAACCAAAGUACUUUGUUCAGACCUAGUCUGGAUAUGUCACCAGUUUCUGAAACAACCACCAAAGGAGAGAGGCCUGUGUGCCUUAGAGCAGUCUGUUUCUCCUGGUACCAGGCAGCAGUAUGAGUCUGGUAGCUGAGUAUCUGUACAAAGGGGAUCUCAGCUAUUGGCAUUCUUCAUGUUUUGAUCAGUUAUUACAACAUACUUGUCUUUUUUUGCUCAGUGUUUCAUUGCUCACAUCUAUUCAUACCACUCAUUUCCUGUUACUUAAGAAUGGCUGCAGACUUAGAGCUGAAUUUAAGUGGUGAUUUUUCAUUUCUGCAAUUACUGUACUAAGCCUUGAGACUUGCUAAAGGCAAAUAGUAUACUAUGCAGUGCAGAUGAGGUUUUGCAUUAUCUGCUUGUUCUCUAGCCUUUAUUUGAGAGGUCUUUCAAAUGUGUAAAUAAGGCUGAGGGGAAAAAAAUAAGCACCUCUGCUUAUUCAGCUGUUUAUUACAGCAUAUUGCUUGUAAAUUAGUGGUGCCCAUCUAUGCAUCUGUUCCUAAAGUGCCUGAUGUCUGAGUUGCAAAGCAGCUGGAAUAAUCUAUGUUCAGUCAAUCCUAGAGGUGUGGUUAAGCUACCCUGCCACUGAUGCAGAGCCAUGUUUGAGCCUCAUUGUGUGUCCUUUUCUUCUUGCUGCUGUGCUGGAGAGGACUGCUGGGAGGCGAAGGUUGCUGGGUGUGAAAGCAGUCACAUCAGUUAAUGCCACAGGAAGGUGGAAUUCCUGUAGUCUAAAAGCUCCCUUGCAUUGAGGUUAAGUUCUGAAUGUUUUGAUUUGGUCACUCUCAAAAAAUAUAUUUUGGACAUGAUGAACUACUACUGUUUGACUACAUGGAAUGAAGAAGUGUUUCCCCUAAAAUGUGGAGGUACUCUUUGUAUGUACAACUAUAAAUUGUUGUAUGUCAGCCAAAAAUGUCAUUGGCUGUUUCUGUACACUUUGACUUUUUUACUGUAAAUAAUAGACAUAAAGUUGUUAGAAACAGAAACUCUAAUUAGGAAACUUCAAAUUCAUGAAUCUUUCACAAUUCUCCUGUUUCCUUGUAUUACAAAGAGUUAUCCACAAAGAUAACUUACAGAUUUGUUAUCUUAUUAUGUUCCUUAGAUUCUUGACCAAAGAAUGAUAUGGAUAAAGUGCAGUGUAAUCAGCUCUGAAAUCCAGUACUUCUGAAUACAGAUUUUCAUCUGUGUAUCUCAUUGCAGCAAAUCUUGACAUACAUUAUAAAAAUUUUGCUGUUACCUCUUUCAUCCCAAGGAAGAGUUUCCUGUCAGCUUGAGGGAAAUACCUGUUCCAUAACAAGGCUUCCUGGAAACCCCAAGGCAAAUGAGAUGCAGAGGGAAUCUGGUUUGCAGUCAUAGAGCAAAUUCUUCUUACACAUGCUUUGGCUGUGAGACCAUCAGUGACUCAGCACACAGAUAGAUCCCCCUAUUUUAUAAAAUCUGUUAUUUUGCUCUGGAAUAUAUGGCCAUUAGCUAUUUUACAAAGAUGAUCAUUUUGUAGGCUCUGUUAAGCUGCCACUAAUGUAAAUAGUGCUUGUGACAGCUAUCAAGGAAUAGAUACAUACACAUAGCAGUAUAACCCUGUAUUACAUUUAAAGUGUGCAGCUUUGUGAAUUGAAUGUAGAGAGCUAUGGUUAUACAAAUUGUUCUUUAUUUUUAAGUAAAGAGACAUUUUUCAGAUGUACCAGAUUAAACAAACUGGUUUUACCUAAUUAAAUAUCUGAUUAUAAGUAAAUAUUAAUGGAAAGAAAAGUACCAGAAUGCUGCUGAACCUAAUGAUUUAUCAUCUCUUCUCAUGUGUCAGCAUUAUUAAAAUAGUUGUUCCUGCAAAAUGAACUAAUGAGCCCUUUUCAUCAGCACUUUGAUAUACUAAUAUUGGCUGCACAAGUGCUGUGCUAAGAUUUCACCAUCUCACAAAGCAUGAUUUUGAAAUUGUGCCUAUAGCAAGUGUUUGUUCUAAUAGAGCAGUGCCCCAACUUAAGAUGAUGCCUGCAGGGAAUUUGACUUUAUUUUCUGUAAGUCAAAGGUGGCCUUAAUGAAUGUAGUAGACAUAGAGCAGAUGUGAAACCAGUAUAAGUAAGAAAUUAUGCACACUUGCAAAUAUCAAUUGCAUAUAUCAAUUAUGCACACUUCUCAUUUUUAAUGUUUUAAUUUCUUUUUUUGACAAUUUAACAUCAGUCCAAAACAUGCAGAAUAGUGGAAAAAAAUGCUUCCUUGCCUUGAAGGUGCCUUAUGCAAUCCAGGAAGACCAGAGUAAGUUAGAUAUUUUAUUGAAAGAGUCCAGCUGCUUAUGGGGUAAAAUCUGAUACAACUUCCAUAUCUUACACACAUGCAGCUGGCCAAAAUCAGCUUCAUCAGAGCAGGCCCUGUGUCUCAAAGCACUUUCCAUUUGGGAUGGAGGAUUCCUGGUGCAGUUGUUUAUCAACUUACCAAGGGUUUGUCAGGGUUUACUAGCUCCUGUGCAAUGUCAUCUUCAAGCAUGUGUAGGUAGGAUUCCUUGUGUACACCGAAAGCACACCAAUUUGGGAGACUGAAUUAAUGGAGUGCUCCCUUUGUCUCCCAGAAGAUGGUGUGAAAACGUGAGGGUUGCUCCUGUGGGAAUGACCCCAUGGAUGUGUCUGCCUUGGCCAGAGUGAGACAAUCAGUGUUUGCUUUGGUGUCUGUGACCUUCAGCCCCAGGCUCGGAACAGGGAAGGGCUGGUUGGGAGCAGGGCAGUGCUGGGGAGUGCAGCUGGGUGUGCUGCAGGACCGCCUCAGAAUCCCUGCACGGGGACCUGCUGCCUUCCUCAUCUCACACAUAAAUGCCCUGCUUUUUCCCAGUACUUCAGCAAAUCAAGGACUUUGUGUAUGAAUAAAGCAGUGUCUAAUGUUACUGCCAGAUCCCAGUGUUGUGGCAGUGGGGUGCAGUCUUGUAUCAGUCAUAGUCUGUAGUCCUGGACAGUGCCAGUGGCCAUCACUGAGGAGGAAGGAGGGAGGUGCUCAAACAGCCUGUGGCUCAUGUAGGGCUCAUACAGGAGGCUUGGCCUCCUCUCUUUGUAACAUGUACCACUGUAAGUAGUGAAAUGUGCCUUUUAGGGCUUUGUUUUUCCCCGUCCUCAUCCUGACCUAUCUCCCUUUUACACCAACACCAAUGCUUCUCCUCUCCUUCUAAUCUCACUUUCAUCCCUUUGUCCUUUGGAUGACAAAUUUUGCCAGAAUUACUGAAAAGCCUGAGCUGGCCUUUAGUUUAUAAGAAUCUGUGUUAGAAAUAAGCCCAGCUAUUAAGAGAGCUGUAUUUUUGCCAGCCCCUGGACUUUUGUGUCUGUGCAUGUCCAUGCUGGCUAGUUUGAAAUGCAUAGUAGUAAAGGACAAGCUGAAUUAAUUCCUGUGCAGUGAACCUGUGGUUGCACAGCUGUAGAAGUCUGUGGUGGCCCUUUAUUCUCAUAUGUAACAUCUAUUGCACAGAAAUAGUUAUGUUCCUCAGAAAGGAAAAGUUGUGUGUUUACCUGGUUUUCUUGAGACUGGGUGUCCCUGACUUCUUAGGAGCUGUUCUGUGUAUUGGGCAGAUAAUUCAAGUGUGUGCCUGGAACUGGAACAAAAACCAUAAAAUUGUGAACAUGAAAGUAAACUUCAUUUAUUUCUAAACUUACAAAAUGUUUGUGGGAGAUUAAAUUCGGCAGUGUUUAGAAAACAGAGUAAAAUAAUUAUUUCUAUAUCAGAAAUGAAAAAUCAUCCACUAGAUGUUUUCAAUAUAUUUUAAAGCAAACUUGUAAUCAUUAUGAUGUUUCACUGUGGGGAAAAUUCAGACUGGGGGAAAGGGAGAAAAUUCCAUUUAAGAGAAUUCGUAGCAGACCUGAAUUUGGUUCUUUACUUCUCACUUUUUAAUAACCAGAAGUUCAGAGGAGCAAGAGUCUCCAGUUUUCUAUAUCCCCAUGUACUGUGAUUGGAUACAGAUAAGUACCAACACACCUGGAGAGGAGGGGAGCUGAAUUCUGAUGGAUCAUUGGCCUUUCAGCACAUCAUUGCUGCUGACCUGUUUUUCCACACUGUGUUUGGAUCUCUUGAGACCAGGGCCUUGGCAGGGUUGGGUACAUGCGAGCUUGUGAAGUCCCAUCGUAGUCACUCAGGAUCUACAGAGAGGAUCAGGAAGGACGGGAGACAAAAGAAACCCUAACUUUUUUAAUAUGUAUAAAAUUGUCUAUUUGACCCUCAUAAUUGAUUUUGGCAGAAGGAUAUACUUUAUUAUAACUUAUUUUGUUAUUUGUAAAUACAAGAUGUCUAUGGGAAAUAUGUAAUUCUGAGCUGUGUCUAUGGAACAAGCCACUGCACCAAAAUAUUUCAAAUAUUUAGAAUAGGCAGAUUUUUUUAUUAAAAGGGACCUAAUAUGUAUUUAUUUACAUAUACCAUUCAAAUUUUGUCCAGCUUUUUCAUUAUACUAACCCAUGUUUUUAGGGAAUUUUAUAGCACAGGUAUUACAUAUAUAUUUUUGUAUAUAUGUUAUACUGUAAAUCCAUAAUACAAUUUUCUAAACUUUCUGAUUAGCCAGUUCCUUGAGUGAAUUAAAGGGGGAGAGCAUAAGCAAAUUGCUUUCUGACUCGUUCAGGAAUAUAUAUCCGUGGCAAUGUACCUGAACCAGAACUGUACAGCAUCCUUUUCAUAUUGUAUACAUUUUCUCUUUGAUGAAAAAAUGUUAACUAUUUUUGUUUAUGACUAAUUUAUUUUUUAUUAUUGUGGAAAAUAAAGUAACUCAAGAUGAAUUUA